CCGAGCCGGGUUGAGUGCGAGUCACAUAGUUCCCAAUAAUAUUAAAAUAAACUCUCUAUGCUGAGUCAACCCUUUCUGCAUGUUUUUGCAAAAAAAGACAGCAGACAACCAGCACAAGUUGUAACGCGAUACACUUGUUUUUUCUUGCUGCCUAGUGAAGUCACGUUGGCUUCGGAGUAUGGACGUCGAGGAGUUUUGGUGACGACAGGUCUCAAAUUUCUCCCUCAUUAUUCCCAUCUCUCUCUCAAAUAACGCCAAGUAAUAACUGGUUUUGCUUUCACUGGGGAGUUAAAAAAACCUUGAGAGUUGAGAGAAUAUUGCGCACAUGUUUUCUUCCCAUGAGAUAAAAUGUGCAAAUAAAAGCGUUGGUCGAACUUCCUGUUAAUAAUAAUUACACCAUCAACCGGAACAUUAAGAACCCGUGCAAAUGUGAGAGUGGAAACGAAUAAUAAAUCAAAAAUCUAUAAAGUUCAACCGUAGCGUAACAAGAAGAAGAACCUCAACCAUGAGCCACCGAGAAGGAACAGGUGUGUGAAAAAGAAAGAACGAAGGGCCCACAAACUCGUUAUUUCUGCUGCUGUGCUGACAGACAGUGAGAAAUGCUUAUUUUAACAAAGAACAGAACCAACUCGUCCAAGAUUCUUGGUUUAUACUAACUGCUCCAAAUAAAAUUCUAUCCAUGUCUGACAGGAAGUCCACUCUGAUUCAUCAAGACAAACUGUAACAGUUUAUUUGUCUUGUGAAAGACGCAUAAAAUUAGCUUCUUGGUGUGUGAUUCAAGCAACAGAAAUUCAAAGCAAUUUGUUGUGACACUCGAAAACUGCAUAAAUCAGUCAUGGACAGUACAUUAUAAGCAAAUAACUCCUCGAACAGCGUAUGAUUGGAUACUUUACGUAAUAUGCGGUUAAAUACCUACACAUACAUAUUUACAUGUUUAUAUAUGUGCAGUAAAUUAAGGCAUGCAAUCAACGGCUUUCUCUUGCUUGACUACUUGUAAAUUUGUACCUGAGCCGAUGGUGUCACGAAUAACGUAAUAACUGAGAGUUCUACGUCAUGCUAGAUUGUACAAUAGUCAAUUACAAGCUGUGCUACUAAACGAAGGCGACGAUUUCCUCAUGAAUUCCCAAAUGGUUCAAUCAGCAAUUACCCACUAGACGAAGCUUGAAAAGCAAGGACUUUCACUGUGACAUAACUUGAGGAACUGGGAAAUGUUGGAGUAGUGGUGGCAGAAAGAAAGCACACACGCAAACAGACAGACAAACAGACAGCCGUAGAGGAAUCCCAAAUUGAAUCCAGAGGAAAGGACAUCAAGGAGGACUGGCAAAUAACGUGAGGACGAGAGUCAAUUUUGGAAAUUGGGUAAAGAGUUUUGUCCAACUUCUCUGGGUUAGCAAGCAGCAAGUAUUACUUGUAAUAGCGAAAAGCUCCUCCUGUCGUCCCUAUCGGCUGCAAAUAGUCGUUUGAGAUAUAGCUGUUUGGAGGCAAAACUUGACAAAAGUUGUGAACUUGGUUCAAAGCACAGAGUCCAUCCACGAACGAACAAUGGUGGAUAAAACUACAAACGGGAACACUUUCAAGGUGGAAUAAAUGAAGCCAUGUGCAACGGUGUGUGAAAUUCAGAACAAGUUUAUCCCGACCCGACGGGACAAGACCAAUACACUUCCUCUAAACCACAACUGCUAACAACCUCAAGACGUCAAAAGUUGCUCCCACCACUCGUCGUCCUAGAAGGAGAAUUGCCUAAAGAACUUUCUUCGUCCCCAGUUCUGCUUGUGUACAGCGUGCAUGUCUUGCUCCGUCUACUUUUAACUCUUGUAUAAGUGUGAACGACGACGACUACAACGACCACCCACCCAAACCAAAUUGUCAUACAUAUUGCUACCUUAUAGCAUUUUGUCUCUCUUCCACCAGUUCAACUAAUACGAGUUCGUGGUGAGCGUUGACUACUUUUGAGGAUAAAGUGAGCUAGGAAGUGACGACGCCGGAGUUUUUCGACUUUUCUCCUCAAUUUAAAUACGUAUUUCAAGACUAUAACGGUACUAUUCUCUCUGCGACGUGUUUUCCUUAACUUUCACCCAUCAUUGUUUACCCAAAUGGUAUUGCAAAGGCGUUGCAGUUGGAUUUCGUAAAGUUUCACAUCAAACGCGAUAACUUCUGUGAAAAAGGAUAUUUGCAUUCUUCAUAAUUACCAUACCUCCACACAAAGAGUGGAACCUCAAAAUAUAAUGAUCCGCAAUUUUUUUGCAAUGUGCAAAAAACUACCCUGACUAAUGGCUAACUUUAUACCGCAUAAGAUUUCAGAGGUCUCAUCAAUUUCUCAUUAAUUUGCAUAACCUUGUGACACCUCGUUACUUCCCAAAUUUCCGAAUGAAAUAUUAGAAAUCACGUUCGUGUGUAAGAGCAAGUCUUGAAGCGCGUGUAAUACCAAGAAGAAUAGGAAAGCGAAGGAAAAAUGAGACGAAAAAAUUCCUCGUACGAUGUUGGUUUUUUGCUUGGUGGAAAAGCCGUCUGGAUGAUCAAGAUAAAUGAAAUAGUUGAAAAGUUUCAUAAUUUUAAUGCAUUUUUUGGAAUAAAUUAGAAGGAUCAAGAGCCUGUGCGCUGCAUGGGAGUAGUUGAGUGAAAGUUGAGCAACUAACUUCACUUGUUAGCGAGUGACUGUCUCCUCUCUCCACGACCGUCUGUAUAACAAUAAGCAAAACCGUGUUCAUGAAAUUUAUUCGAACCGCAAGCACGACUACUCGGAGAGACAAGCGUUCAAUGCUAACCUACUACCGUGUGUGGAUCUACUCGUGCAACGGGGUGUUGGGGAUCACUUCGGCCAUUUUUGCAAUUUUUGCAACAUUUGUCCUCGCCGAUGUUCGACUUUCUCUCUUGGGUGGCGUGGAGCUCUACCAUCCUACCUUUCUGUACGCUUACGCCGCACUAAUUCUCCAAUGUGGAGUUGUACAAACGAUCGGAUUUCUGGGUGCUAAGAGGUUGUCCCAUAAACUGCUUAGCUUUUACUGGAUCCUCCUGCUCGUGUUGACCAUUGGAGAUGUCGUGGUUGGCCUGGUCUGGGUUUUCAAAUUGGAUAAAGUGAAAUUAAAUCUGCGUCCUGUCCUGAGUCGAGAAUUCAUCUCAAAAUACUCAACGGACGAGUUAUUCACAAGGACUUGGAAUGCGGUGCAAGCAAUAGAGCAUUGUUGUGGAGUUGAUGGACCUUUGGACUAUGACAAGUUGUCACAAGUUCAAUCUCAACACUCGUCCAAUCCAAACUCGAGUCUAAUUAUUGAUGUGGAAUCAAGCCUUUUGUCUCUGCCCGAGUCCUGUUGCAUAGUUCUUUAUGACCCUGUCAAUGUCAGUGGUGGUGGUGGUGUCGUUGAUAGUCUCAAUCAGACUCAUCGUGGCCCUAAUCACCCUCCUGAAACGGAAUUCCCUGGCUCAUUCAGCCAGGACGGCAGCAUCAGGGGCGUUGGAGGGUGGGAUGACGGAGGGAAUAAUAACGUGACAAACUUAUUUGCUCUGAGGGGCAACGCCACAACCUCUUUAGAUCGCGGUCGUGGUGGCAGCGUAGGUGAUGUCAGCAAGUCUUCGUCAUCUCACCUGGGACACAUUCAUUCAGUCGACGACAUACUUCUCCAAGAUGAAGCUGAGCAACCAUCGAGCGACUAUUCGUCUAGUUCUGAAUCGCUACAUCUUAUGCAGCAAGACGGUGGUGGUUCUGGGCAAGACUAUCCCCCAGAGUUUGAGGACGGGAGAAAUAACGUCCUCAGAAGGUUGGAAGAAAAACAUCGGAUGAGACAUGAGAAUCACAGGUUGAAAGUAAUUUCACCCCAUUUGCACAACGACUCUUCAAAUCACCAUUUUUCCAUAAACGACACAUCUUUGGAAGGGUCGCCUGAUUCAGGUCCUUUGGGUGAAAGUAGUAAGAAUCGGACAAAACUAAAACCUAAAACUCAGAAAUCGCUUCCAACUUUCUCCUUUCCGGUGAAAGCACCUCCCACACCAGAGCCAGAAACCGCAGAAAAACUACCUAUUCCAUUCACCUGUCAAAGACACGUCAGAGUUGGUACUCAGAAACAGGGUUCGAAUAAGGACGUUUAUCAAUCUAAUAAUAAUAAUCCUGAUAAGGGGCCCAUGGGCUCAAAUCAUCUCAACUCGAAAUUAAAUCCUGGGACUGAGAAUUUUGAUGCUUCCCCUGAAGCAAGCACCACUCACUCCAGCACAGACGAUAACAAGCAUGGUAAUGAUGAUCAGCAAAACUCUCUCGUCCCACGAAACUUGUGGGAUAAUGGAAAUCCAAGGAAUCGACGAAAUAGUCCAAUCUUACCUUCGUCAUCUUCCUCGUCCUCUCCCAAAAGUGUGUCCUCUGUUACAACGGACGAAAAUUUAAAACCAGGUACAGGUUUAAACGAACAAACGAACGUGUUUAGCUUUCUCCACGCUUCGCCAUUCCCAAUCCCGGAAGAUGAGGGUAAUAGGAAUUCCAAUAACAUUGGAUCCUCGAACCACCACCAGCCAGGCAGAAGAGCUACAGAAAUCCAAGCUGCGUAUUACCUUGCCUCCCCAUUUCAUCAGAGUAAUUCCUUCAAUGUAAGUUUAGCAAAGAGAUUCCAAGUGUACAAGUUAGGUUGUGGGGUAAAAUUGAUCGAAUGGGUUGAUCGCAUUUCCGGAAUGGCCUUCAUCCUCGGUUUUUGUAUCAUUGGGUUUGUGAAGACAUGUUUCCUUGUCAUACUGCGAACAGAAAUUCGAGAAAUGAUUGAAAAAAUCCAAGUCCUUGAGUUGGAUAACCCAGGUUCUCCCUCCAGAUCCGACGGCAAGCUGAAGGACCACCGACUUCAUCACGUUUCUCAUCCACUUCUCGCUCAUCCUCAUCGAGCAUCCACAGUGUCCGCCAAUGCUUAUAACGCAGCCUUACCCACAAUCAAAUCCCCAGAAGGACCCAGUGGACCCAAUCGUUUCUCAAAGUCCUAUCAAAUGCGUCGUCACUCCAACAUUAUUGGUGACAGGAGCUCCCAACACUCCCAAGAAACAGUCAAUAUGACCCUCCUCGUUACAAAUAGUGAUCACAACGGUCGGGGUGGUGGUCCGUGUGCCAGCGGGGGUUGCAACAAUCCCGUCAGCCAGUCCGACCAGCCCAAACAAGAGAAGGGACGCUCUAAUCCCAAUCUAAGUAACUUUCUCCUCCUCAGUCGUGACGACUAUGACCCCAUCUCAAUUUCUGUCCCAAAUACAGCCAAAUACCUCAGAAGAAGUUCAACUUGUUCAGCAACAGCCCACACCGGGCCAGGCGGCUAUUCGUACCUACACUAUGACCCAGAUCCAAGACCUGGACCCUCGUCCAGAUUUUAUCACCAUGAAAUGGCCACCCACCACCAUUUGUACCACCAGCAUUGUGCCCACGGUCAUCACACUACCACCACUGCUAGGCCUCGUCUCUACACCAGGAACAUGAGCAUAGGAGCUGUAGUUCAUCACCCUGUAGGAGGUGGACCAUCUGCCAUUGGGGCGGCCAUGUCCACUUUACGUGGUGGCAGUUCCGGCGGUGGGGAAAGUGCUGCAGGGAGCGGAAACUGUAGCUUUAGUUCGAGAGAUGAGAACGAAAUCCUGUCAGCAUCCAUUGAGAACGUGGAGGAAGUGGCACACGCACCAUCCAUCGCGGAUGAGGACGAGAAGGACAAGGAGCGACGAGAAGCUGAAAUCCGAGACUGGGCUGCCGCCACGGCGUGCACCGACCUAAAUUCGAUGGAUGGGGGCAGUGCGACCACACCCACGGCUGUCGUCACAGUUUCUCUCGGCGAUUAUACGAAGGCAGGGUUUAAUCACAGCAGCGACUCUGCCGACAGCAAUGGUGGUGGUGCGGGGCGAAGAAAUGGAAAUAAUAAUGUGGAUAUCGAAUCUUUGCUCCUCGGCACAGCGGUGUAGUUCUUUUAGCUCGGUUAUUACACUGCAUACAUUUUUUGCUCUUCAUUAUUUUCUCAUAUUAAACUCGACUCCAGCAGGAGUUCCCAGAAGUUAAGGCUGCUGGAUAGAUAAUAGGCCAGCCAUGCCAGGUCUCAUCAUGUUGAGAUAUUUUGCUGCUUUCUCCGUCCCUAAAAAGAAUGGAGCAAAGUUGAGCAAAGAGCGAAUGUGGGAGGGAGGGGAAAGGAGUGAAAGUGACACUGGCUCAAUUGCCCCCAUUCUGCAGAGACCAAGUUACAUGCUUAUAUUAUUCCAAUUCGCUCUCUUGGAGGAUGCAUGCAUGGAAUCCAUUUUGUGUUGUUUGUGCUUUGACUGAAGCGAAAAAAAUUGGAUUUUCAUAUUGAUUUCUGUGAACCGAAAAAGGUGAACUGUUGCCUGUUACGCAAGGCUCAUGGUCGCAAUUUUAUGUGUAUUGACAUAAGAUAAUUUGGAGAUUCUGAUUGAAUGGUGGUUCAAGGAAAACAAAGUGUAUGUAUGCGAGGAAGGGAUGAAUCUCAAUUUAUUGUCAAUUCAAUAUACUUAUUUCUGUACAUGAAUGAAAUGGAAAACAAAUCCAAUUGUAAAUUACAUCAAGACAUCCAAUCAUUGCUUGAUCCAACUGUAUAUUUCUGGCUAAAAUUAAACGCAAACAAUUCUCUUUUCAUUCCGUGCACAUGAACACAAACAUGCAUUUGGCUGAUUCUCAUGGUACAUACCACUGAAAGGGGCGCUUUAAUUUACAAUUUUGCAAUUAAAGUGCAAAGCAACCAACCUGAAAAUCAUUUUUUUACAUAAUACUAGACCAUUCAUCUCAAGUCCCCGAAUUAUAUAUCACGUCUCAUGAUUUUCGGUUCCUAGGAUUAUUUGCUGGUUUCUACCGAGCGUAAAUUAAUCCCUGCUCCAAGAACCAAACACGUUUGGGUUUUACGUAGGACGUUUUAGGGCAACUUUCCCUUCUGCAAAUGCAGUCUGGCUCGGCAUGUGAACUUUAUAUGUAUGUAACUCAUUAUCUCGAAAGCAGGAGAAAUCUCUGGGCCGUCUGUCACUCGUAUAACACGUCGCCGCCUUGAUAAGUCGCUCUUUGUCAUCUGUCAUGAAAAGAAAUUAAUCGCUUCUUACAAGAUUUGAACCAGAGUUCUCAUUUCUUAUUAAUUAAAUUCUAAUAAUUUUCUGUCCAAUUUUCUGAUUUGAUUUCGUACUAACAAACGCUCCAUAAUUACAUCUGCUGGUGACCCAAUAACAAAAUUCCAUGAUGAUUAUUACUUAUGGCGUUGGUCUCUUCAUGUGAUGAACAUGACCCUGUACCCAAUCUGGUGAGUAUCUUACAUGGCUUAUGUAUGUUACAUAUAUAUAAAUACAUGUGUACUUAUAUAAGAGAAAUAUUAAAGAAGAAAUCUUGAUAAGACAGAGACGGACAUGGCGGGAAUGUUCGAAAGUGAAAGUCAUUUAGUACUUGAUUGCCCUCAAAGCUAUUUUUCGAAGAUAGUGCUAUCUCUAUUGUUCAUUGAUGUACAAAAACUAUAGAGGAAGGAAAGGAUGUAGAACGGUUAUCAUAAAGUCGCUAUAUGUAUACAUAAUUGUUACAUUCUUAAUAUGCACAAUGUCUAUUUAUAAUCUGUCAACUUAACUUUUAUUCCAUCAUUGCAAAAUAUUGGCGGAAAUGAAAAUGUACAUAAAAUAUAUAAUAAUCCUCCGUUUCACAUCAUAGAAAGAGAUAACCGUGAUUAAUUCUAAAUUAAAAAGUACCUGUCAAAUGUGUCAAUAGUAAAUAUAUGAAAACAUUGGUGCAUUCAUAAAGUAUUUAAAUAUAUAUGUAUAUAAAAUAUCGAUAAGUAAUCGAUGCUUGACAGUGAAAUCGAAGUGUCCGUCUUUUGACUUCCACAAGUCGGGGUUUUUUUGAUGUGAUAAAAAAUAUAUCGAAUGGUUAUGAUGAAAGCAUUUCUGGAAGGCGUAAAAACACAUCAACGAUGAUGGCUUGAUUUCGUGGGGAGAAAGUGAAAGUAACGGGUUUCCCCAGAUUAUAAAUACAUAAGUGUAGUUAAAAUAUUAUACGAGGGUAUAAACUCGUGCUUCAAAUCUGUUGUCCUCGUCGGUAAAACACUACCUACAUGCACGAUAGAUAUAUAUGCACCGUUAAAUUAUACGAUUAUGUUUAUGCUUAAGCACGACGCGGCUGGGUAUGGAACAAUUAACCUAAAAAAUACAUUGGAAUUGUAUCUAUAGCGUACUAAACAAUACUGUAGGAUAGCAGUUAGUAGUAAUUCUUUACCUAAAUAUGUGCAUGCUGUAUACAUAUUUACAUAUUUACAUAAAAUAUACUCCAACUUUACCUUUAAGAAAUCACUCUUCCUAACACCAGGAUAAUUAGGCGUCUAAAAUGAAUGUUUCAUACAUAAGUCAGUUGAUAAUUAUAUUUAAUGAGAAGAGAAUAGUACGACGGUGGGGUUAUCUACUUAUCUACGAACCUCCUCAUCAGGCGCAAAUUAUUCAAGAGUCUUAUCUAUGAAAAAGUAUUUGUCAAACGACUAAUGAAAAAUUGUACCAAAAAUAAUAAAGAAUGUAUAUCUUGUCCAUAUUUUCAGUAAAUAUGUAUUAUUAUUGGUAUUAUGCUUAUAUGUACGAAAAUACAUGUGUAGGUAUAUAGCUCGUACGAAAAAUCAGUGUUCUUCUCUCAUCGUGUUAUUAAACUUACGAUGGCAAAAUGUUCACAAUACAUGUUUAGCCAAUCGUCAAGAAAUCUGUGCUAUGUAUCUAUUAUUACUCCGACAUACUUACUGGUCAAUCUCAGGCAACGGAGAUCUAUUGUACAUACAGUGGUAACAAGCUAUUUCAACAUGUAAUAUAAUGUGUAUAGAUAAAUGGAUGAAUAUAUAUGAAGCUGUCAAAGCUGUGUCUUAUGUAUCCAUAAAAAAGUAGUAAUAAGAUACUAAUCAUUAAUUCGAUGUGAUAAUUAAGACUAUCAUAAAAAAAUAUUAUACUGUACAAGAGAUUGAUUUAAACACUCAACCAGUGUCUCUGGAACUGUCCCAAAAUAUGUAAUAAAUCUGUUGACGACGACGA